CGUAAGUGACACAAGCGCUGGCUCCAUUCAGCACCGAGUUGACUGACUCACUCGUAUCCAUUAGCCGGAAUGCCGCAGAGAAAGAGGAGUUUCACUUUUGGAGCCUAUGGGGGGGUGGACAAGACCUUCGCCAAGGCCAGAAGCAAAUGGAAACAAGAUGGGAGUGACCCGCGGAUUUCUGCAACACUAGAGCCACAGCUGUUCCAGCCCACACUCCCAUACACCACCUCGCCAUUCCCCAAGGGCAACAGGAUGGAUGAGCAGCGAUGCAGCUUCCCUCCCCCGCUCAAGACUGAGGAGGACUACAUUCCCUAUCCAAGUGUCCAUGAGGUGUUGGGCAGAAGAAGCCCCUUCCCCCUCAUCCUCCUGCCUCAGUUCGGGGGAUUUUGGAUCGAGGGGAACAACCAUGAGCUGAGUGAGCGCGUGGACACGGUGCAGGCGCAGCCGCUGUCUCCCAGCACCCGCACCAAGCUGGAAUGUAACACGAUGGCCAUGCUCUUCCGGAAACACUUCCUGGGCAAGGAGCACUUUGAUUACUACUCAGUGGACGGGGCCCUGGGACAUCUGGUGUUCUCCCUGAAGUACGAUGUGAUCGGGGACCAGGAACAUCUCCGGCUCAUGCUCAGGACCAAACUGAAAACCUACCACGAUGUGAUCCCCAUUUCCUGUCUGACCGAGUUUCCCAACGUGGUCCAAAUGGCCAAGCUUGUCUGUGAAGAGGUCAACGUGGAUCGCUUUUUUCCAGUUCUAUAUCCAAAAGCUUCACGACUAAUCGUCACCUUCGAUGAACAUGUGAUAAACAACAAUUUCAAAUUCGGUGUCGUGUAUCAGAAGUUCGGACAGACUUCAGAGGAAGAGCUGUUUGGCAACACAGACGAGAGUCCGGCCUUCGUCGAGUUCCUGGAGUUUUUAGGAGAAAAAGUCGAGCUGCACAACUUCAAAGGCUUCCGUGGAGGGCUGGACGUGACUCAUGGGCAGACGGGCGCAGAAUCUGUCUACUGCAACUACCGCAACAAGGAGGUCAUGUUCCAUGUGUCCACAAAGCUGCCGUACACAGAGGGGGACACCCAGCAGUUACAGAGGAAGCGGCACAUAGGGAACGAUAUCGUGGCCAUCGUGUUCCAAGAGGAGAACACUCCGUUCGUACCGGACAUGAUCGCCUCCAACUUCCUCCAUGGCUACGUCGUGGUCCAAGUGGUCAACCCGUGUUCUGACAAUGUUCUCUACAAGGUGUCAGUGACAGCACGGGAUGACGUUCCUUUCUUUGGUCCGGCCCUCCCAAACCCGGCUGUCUUUAAAAAAGGCCCUGAAUUCCAUGAAUUCCUUUUUACUAAGCUCAUCAAUGCAGAAUACGCCUGUUACAAAGCUGAGAAAUUUGCCAAAUUAGAGGAGCGAACGCGGUCGGCUUUGUUAGAGACGCUGUACGAGGAGCUUCAUGUGAACAGCCAGGCCAUGAUGGGACUCGGAGGAGAGGACGACAAACUGGAAAACGGGAGUGGAGGAGGAGGGGGGUUCUUCGAGUCCUUCAAGCGGGUGAUCCGCAGCAGGAGCCACUCUAUGGACGCCAUGGGUCUUGCUCUCAAGAAGCCGCACUCAUUCUCCACUAGCCUGAGCGGCAGCUUAACCCACAACCCCGCAGAGAGCCCCAAAUUCCCAGGGAUAUCGUUGCUUGUCCCAGGCAAAAGUCCCAGUAAAUAUGGACGUCGAGGCAGCGCCAUAGGGAUAGGAACAGUAGAAGAGUCGUUGAUAAUCCCGGGGAAAAGCCCGACCAGGAAGAAAUCAGGUCCUUUUAGCUCCAGGAGAAGCAGCGCCAUCGGUAUUGAAAACAUCCAAGAAGUCCAGGAGAGGAGUCGAGAAAACUCCCCAAACACCCAGAAGACCCCCGACAGUGGCCACGUCUCUCAAGACCCCAAAUCAGACAAUUCAUCCGAUCAGAGCUCCCCCGAAGCGCUCACGACUGCUAAGAACAGUUCUUGUCUCGGUGGCAGGGCCCCAUCCAUCCCUGAGGGUCACGACCUCUCCCGCUCCUCCUCCAAUGCUAGUAGCUUCGCCAGUGUGGUGGAGGAGAACGAGGCCACGGAGGACUACGACACAGGCCUGGAGAGUGUGUCGUCUGCGGGGACGCCGCACAAGCGAGACUCCUUCUCCUACACCAACUGGCUGGAGGACAGCAUGAGCAGCACCAGCGGCAACAGUCGUGCGAGCUCCCCAGGUGAGAGAGCUGGAGAGGCAGGUCCGGCAAGUUGUCACAAACCAUCACAGGACACUAGUCAGGCUGUAGAGAAGAGGCCUGGUAAACCUGAUCGAGGGAAGGGGACAGACAUCCGGAUCAAACUGGAGCGACCGCACGAUCAUCAGUCCUCAUCGAACUGUUAGCUCCGCACAGCCGCUUGUGUCCUGGAUCUCCAUCUUCAGCCCUCCCAUAAGUCACUGCCCCUCGGGGAGAUGAGACAAGUGCAGGCGUUCGCCAUGAGCAGAGAUGAGAAGGAGGAAGAUGAGGAAGAGGAGACGUAGGAGAGGAUGCAGGUGGAUUCUGGCCUUUCCCUCUUCUCAGUGGGUGACAGGGCACAGGAAUCCAGAAACCUGGAGGAGGACACUGGGAGAGCACGACGCACAAAGAGGGGCCAGCUUUUGCACAGUGUUGUUUCCUUCCACUCCUUUCUUUGCCUGUUCACACAACUGUUCACACAACUGUUGCCUAGUUGUAUGUUAUUAUUUUAUUUAUAAAAGAUAUGACUUGGGUUUAGUUCGUCUUGUUAAAGCCUCAAUGUGCUGGCUAUACAGGGUAAAGACAGUGCCACUGAUCUCUGUGUUGACAUGAUGGAAAGGACUUCUUCUGAAACAGAGACUCAGUAAAGACUUCUAAUAUAUAAAUAAAAACCAAAUAUUCAGCAUCAAAGACGAGUGUUUUAUAACUAAAUAUCCCAUGUGAUGUAGAAUCUUUCUGAUGGACGCUGUAUAAUGUGAGUAUUUUCUAGAUGAAAUCCACAUAGAUCGUUGGAGCGAAGUAAUUAUUCUCUCUCCUGUCCUGCCCCCAAAACUCCAAGUUUAAACUUAACACCACGAGUCACAGUAAAGAAAGAAAUGCAUCCUGAAUUAAACGAAAUGGCCUUAAAACUUCAACAUGCAAUGUCUGUGUCCCUCCAAUUUAUUUUAACCUCCCUUCUCUGACUCACGUUCUGCAGCCAUAAUGGGACGGCAGUAUUCGAUUAAGAUGAAAACAAAUAUGUUCAGAAUCAUUUUUAAGCACACUGGUUUCUUUAGAUAAAUAAUGAUGGUGCAAUGCACCAGUGCUGUGUGUAUAGUCUGCUAAUAUAUAUGGAUGUAUCCAUCACUGACUGAUUAAACUGCUUUGUCCGUCGUGUUUGCUGCUGUGGAGUCGGGUCUCUAGAUUUCGUUCUAUUUCUCUCCUCUAAUAUGUUUUUAUUUAUUGAUUUGGUUCCUAUUGAAGUGGCAUUUGUGGCGUACAUCUGUUCUUCUGUACCUCUAUGGCGACUACACGCAGCUUUCCGACAUAUGAUUUGUUCUGUAUGUGUUGCUCUGGAGUAAAAUAUAAUGUUGUCAUCUGUAAAGUUCUGUGUAUUUCAGGGGUCAGAUCUGUUUCAGCGCGAUACAUCUUCAAUGCAAUUCAAACAAAAUGGUGAAUAUUUAUUUGCUUGAGAGAAGGUAACUCAGAAGACAACUACUGAUUUUGUAAAUAUUUAGUUGGAGUACAUAGUGUAUAAUGUAUAGAUCAUUGAUUUCAGAUGGGAUUGUCCAACACCUCAAAAUAACUGCCAAGUUAACAAUUUAUUGUUGUUGUUGUUUUUUUCUCAUACACUUAAAUUUGAAUAUUCUUUUGAGAAGAUUUUGUAGAAUCAAAUUAUUUUAAGAGCUUUUCAGACUGUUCUGUAAAAGGGAAAAAUCUCACUGUAUAUCCUGCUGAUCAUUUAAAGUUGCCUUGUCACCACAAACCUGUGGUGUAAGUAUAGAUAGUGAAGAGGCAGCAGGAUUUACAGUGAAAUGAAUGUUGUGGUGUUGUUUUAUUGUAAAUAAAUGCCUAAACAACUUUAA